AUGGUUAAGUUGGACGUGAGUCUGAUCCGGUAUAUGAGUGCGGAUGAAGUGCGGGUGAUGACAGCCGUGGAGAUGGGUAUGAAGAACCACGAGUUGGUGCCGAAACCGUUGAUCAUAUCGAUAUCGUCGCUAAGAAGUGGCAGUAUAUCUAAAGUGUUGCUGAAGUUGACGCAAAACAAGUUGAUAUCGUACGAGAGGGGGAAGCGUUUCGAUGGCUAUCGGCUCACAUACAAGGGCUACGACUUCUUGGCGCUCAACGUCUUGAGCAACCGGGAAGUGAUCACUGGUAUCGGCAAUCAGAUCGGUGUCGGCAAAGAGUCGGAUGUGUACGUCGGCGGCGACGCCAAUGGGCGCACGUUUGCCAUCAAAAUGCAUCGAUUGGGUCGCACCUGCUUUAGGACAGUGUCCACGAAAAGAGAUUACCAGAAGAAUGGCCACAAAACCAAUUGGAUCUAUUUGUCGCGAUUGGCCGCCAAACGCGAGAUGGCAUUCAUGAGACUCCUGUACGACAGCCACGUGUCGAUACCCGAACCCAUUGACUGCAAUCGACACUGUCUUGUGAUGGAACUCAUUGAUGGCAUACUUUUGAAUCACUUGUCCAGAGAUCAGCUGCAGAGUGAAGACGACGCCAAAGUGCUGUACGAGAAGCUUAUGGGUCUUAUCAUGCGAUUGGCCAACGAUUUCGGUGUAAUUCACGGAGACUUCAAUGAAUUCAAUAUAAUUAUAAAACUCGAGACAUUGGAACCGGUUUUGAUAGACUUUCCGCAAAUGAUAUCAAUAUCUCAUUCUUCGGCGCAGACUUACUUCGAUCGCGACGUUAAAUGUAUUGUCGACUUCUUCGCCAAAAGAUACGGCUAUGAAUCGGAUUUCAUUCCCGGCUUCGAAGCCAUUGAUAAGGAAAAUGGCGAUAAAGUGAAUGAAAUCAACGCAUUGGAAGACUUUGAAGAAGAGGAGGAAGAAGUGAGUGACGAGGAAGAGGUCGCAGAAGAAGAUAAUGUGGUGUUAAGUGAUAGAAAAGUUGAUGAAAGACUAACUGAAGAACCAUUUGAUAGCCAAAAGGACUCUGAAAACCAAUUGACAGAAGUUAUCGAAAGGUUAGAAGUGAAAGACGCGACAAAUGGGAGUAAAUUAAGUGAUAAUGAAGACAAUAAGUCAUCGAAUGGCAGUUUCAGCGGUGGUGCGACUUCUGUGGCCACGACUUUCACACCGCAAGAGAUCAAAGAAAAGCUGCGGAAAGAGAAGAAGAGUAAGGAUUUGAGAGUUAAGACACGAAAAGCCAAGAAAGACAUCAAAGGAGACAACUGUGCGUUCCUGAGGCGACGCAAAGACGAUUUGACAACUCUUAGGGAUGACCUCAAGGCUUAUAAUUGCGAGAAAGAUAUCUAUUAA